AUGUCCAUUCACGCAAGGUGCACUCGUGUGGUAGAUCAUUCCAGCGCAUCGCGCACAACGAGAGAUCGUGGCGUGAUCUCAAUCACUACGAGGUAUCAUCUGACCAGAUCAACUCAAGAUCAAGGAGGAGAUUGACGAACAAAAGAGGGUAUGUGCUGUUCCUAUAGGUGAAACUGCGAUCUUGAACUAAUGCCCUCUUAUCCUUCCGCUUGACUCGCCGCAGAGUCAGGAUCUUGAAGCUGAAUUGGCUCGAGGAUGUCGAGCAAGGUCUUCAACGAAGAACGAGCGUCGGUCGUGGUCGCUGACCUUCGAGAGAGUGGGAGCAUGUUUGGGCGAUCGAUCGUCUGUGUUAUAGCAUCCUGA